AUGGACGCAGAGCCCGCAGCCGCUGACCGGCCCUCGUUCACGUCCUUCUGGAAGCGAAGCAAGCAGAAGGACAAGGAGGGCGACGGCAAGAAGAAGGGCAAGAAGACGACCAGCCCCAGCUCAACCGGCGAGCUGCAAGACGAAGGAUAUGCAGAGGACCAGGAGGCAGACCAAGAUGCCGAUGAACACGCCGGCAAGGACGAUGCCAAAGACCGCGCCCAGCUUCGACGGGCUCAGGUCCGGAAGGCCCAGAUCCAGCACCGCCAGCGAAAGGCAAACUAUGUCAAGCAGCUGGAGCUGGACGUUUCCCAGCUGCGAGACCUCAUCACCCAGGCCCAGCAGGAGACGUCGCAGAUGCGGAGGGAGAAUGACGGCAUACGAGAUCUACUGAGGACGAGUGAGCAGCACCUCCAGCCCACGUAUCCGCAGGCCGACUCAACGUACUUUUCAAACGCAGGCUCUCCUGGCACUCGUGUGGGCGGCAUGUCUGAGCUGGAUACCCAAGAAUGGCUCGGUGGCGGACACCUGGGUGAUCUGGACCUGAACCAGAACCCCUUGAUGCCUUCGACCUCGAAUGAUGCGGAAAUGUUUGGCCAUAUCAAUGUCGACGACAUCACUGUAUCGCUGGGCAUCCAUGAUCUCUUGGGCACGCCUUGCUUCACCAUCAACUCUUCCUCUGGUGCCAGCAUACAGACCUCUACCAGCCCGCCUCCGCCACUUGAUAGCACCCCCUUGACGCCUCCAUUGACACCUCAACAAGAACAGACAGUCAUCAACUGGAUCUUGGCACUUGAAAACAUUUGCUGGGACCACUUCCAAAGCACUGAUUUCCACAACCACGUUCCCGGCGAGGCAGAAGACUCUUACAACCAUGCUCUCACCGCCACUGCUCUAUUCAUGAAUGCCGCACCCUCCUCCAUCUUCACUGACCGCGAGGUAUUCACGGCAAUAGAUCCCACCACAACACAAGCACCCACCUUCCACUGGCAGGCCAGCGGCAUCAACAUCAACUCUCUCUGGGCACUGGCGCAAUUCGAGCUUGAUCCAACUGAAAUCUCCCCCAUGCAGAUUUGGUUCGACCUGGCGUCCAAGUUUUCCUACGAGCUACUCUUCUCGGACGGCUUGUUGACAGCCUUGUUGAUCGAGCUGCGGCCAUUGAUCAGGUGUAUCGAGUUCGGUGCGUCGAUACAGAGACAAUUUUAUGACGAUGUGAUUGCCAGAGUCUUAGGACCUUCUGCUGCAAUUUAA